AUGAAUCAAGUUUGGUGCAUUUGGUAUGACAAUAAAUCUGAUAAUUUUGAUGAAUUUGAGAAUCAAACAGUUGAAAUACCUGAACUCCGUUCUGAUAAUGAUAGAUUUAUCCACGAGAGGCAACCGAUCAUGGCUCAUUUCGAACGACCAGAAAUUCGAUCACAAUAUUUCGAGAUAGAUGUAGUACCAGAAAGAGCGUCGAAAGAUGAAAAGGAUGGAUAUAAGUCAUUACAUAUGAAUGAGUUUGAAGAAUUACUUGUCAAUUCGAAUAGUUCAUUAGAAGUUAAACCAAGUCAUAUGAAAGUGCUUGAAUGUGACUUGAAGUAUGCUGAAAAUGCUAGUCCAAAUGGACAGCGUAACGUCAUAUUUUGCCAUCAAGACGGAAUAAACACAGAAAAGGAUGAACUUAAGUGGAAUACGAAACAUGCCGAAAGUGGAAAAUCGUUGGCUAAAAAUAAGUUUGACAGUGAUAUAAGAUUAGGUGAACAGUUUGAAAAGAUAAUGGAGCGAAUUGAAUGUUUGAGGGUUGAUGAUGAUAUUAAAAGUACAAAAAGUCAGUCAAUAAUGUCUUGGACCGAGGAUUAUGGGAUGAAGAUGAGGAAGGAGACGAAUUAUGGAAGGUUGAUUGGGCAUAAUUAUUAUAUAAAGCGAGAAUGGUAUAGAAAUUUGAGAUCUAACGCACAUAAUACUAGUGGUGACAAGAACUCAGUCCUGGGAUUGAAGGUGUUGGAUCAUGUUAAGAAGAUUGGAUUUUACAGACGUUUGUAUUUGGACUAUGAGAUCGGUUGUGAUGGAUUGGAACAUGUGCUGUUUGGAAAUCGCCUUGAAAUGCUAUCAUCCCAACAAUCAAAAAAAAUAUUACCUUUACCAGCAACUUCGAAUGUAUCUGUCCCAACAACUUCAAGCAUGCGCGUUACUUCUUCUAUUAUUCCAAAUGUUUCCAUUAUUCCUUCAGUUACUCACAAUACUUCUACUAAUAAUGAGAGUGAAGAGUCUUCUAUUAUUGACAAUAGUCAACCUUCUAUUACAAAUCAGGAAAAUUUACAAAGUAUAGAUGAUUUAUUUAACAUUAAUACUACUUCAGGAAAUAAAUAA